UGUGGAUUGGUUGGAGUUAGACAUUAACACCGUUGCAUACCGCCCCAGUGAUCUAAUGGUUAAGCGCUCGCGCACGAGACUGAUAGGUCAUGGGUUCGGAUCUCGUGGGUGGUGGGAUCGUGGACGCGCACUGCUGGGGAAUCCCAUACUAGGACGAAACAGCCGUUCAGUGCUUCCAGGUUUUCUAUGAUGGUUUAGUUUCAAAUUACUCAUAAUUUCAACUACUGAAACUAUUAAAUUCUCCACAAAACCCAUUCUGAUAUUAUUAUUAUUUUUAAUUAUUGUAUAGAAUACAAUUAAAUACUCAUGAAACAAUUAUAUUUCACAGUGUUAUUUAUACUAUACGGAAUAAUCUAUUCUGUGAAAUCUACUAAUGUGACAAUACUUACACAACUUAAAUCAUUUUAUUAUCCAUCAAGAACUACAGUUUAUCAUAGAUGGUGUAAUGAACAAUAUCCAUAUGAUUACUGUUCACCACUCUUUGUUAUUUGUUUAACAAAAACAUCUUUGAGACGUUGUAUACAAAAGUAUGAAUUUGGUGGAUCAGGUACGGAAUAUGAACAUAAAAAGUUCAUCACAUUUCAUGAAAAACUGAAUGAAAAUAUAACUAAUCCACUUGUAUUUACCGUGUCAAAUUGGACUAAUGAUCUAAUGUUACAUGCAGCUGUAUUCAAUAAAGAACUUACUGUUACUUCAUUAAUGGGUCGAUCAAGUAUUGUAAUAGAUUGGAUAAAAACACCAGGUACAAAUCAAACUGAAACAUGGAAACAAAUUACCUUUACAGCAUUUGACAGUUUAAUGGAACUAACUGCAUGGGUUAAAGUUUUUAGCUCAGAAUCUUGAGAAAAGUAACAGUUCAUGAAAUAGAUUGGCACAGUUUCAUAUAAAAUAUACAUGGCACGUCAAUUUACUUGGGAACUUCAAUUACUCGUGUGUUUUUCUAAAUAAAAUCAUUUUUCCCAUCUACUAUCUCAGUCC